ACUGGCCUAUCUUCUCCAUGUCUUCCCGCCGUCGCACGAGUCGGUGGACGAAUGGGGCCCUGUCUGAAAUAGAACCAGACCUUCGGGCCACAUUGUUGCACGCGCUGUGUCGCCCACCUCGCACAGCUACCCAUUCCGAUGGCGCUUCUUACCAUUCUCCCUUCAGGGCCGAGCCUGAGCGUUUGGGCCUGUGUUUACGUGCCUCUUGCGUUCGUCGUCUACUAUACCGGUUGGGUCAUAUACACACGUACCCUUCACCCUCUCGCAUCCGUCCCUGGACCUCUGUGGCCCUCCAUAUCGAGGACAUGGCUCAUGUGGAGAAUGCACGUUGGAGAUUUCGAGAUCGAGCUUCGCAAGGCACAUGAUCAGUAUGGGCCUCUUGUUCGCAUUGCUCCCGAUGAGGUCUCUUCGGGCGUGCCUGCCGAUAUUCCAGUCAUUUAUCGUACACAGAAGCCCUUGGAGAAGACCGUUUGGUACCUGCCAUGGCGCGCGGUGCCUCAGUUCCACGAACGCCCUGACAUGUUCACCACGUUGCUCGGCAAAGACCAUGCAGCUUACAAGAAAAUCAUUGCUGGUGCCUUUACAAUGGGGAGUAUCUUGCGUAAUGAAGACCAGAUGGACGACUGUUUACGAUUGUUCGUGAAUCGUAUGGAAGAAUUCGCCGAUCGAGAAGAGAGCUUCGACUUUGGAUUGUGGCUGGAGAUGUAUGCGUUCGACAUCAUCGGUGCCGUCUUCUUUGGGAAGCAAUUUGGUUUCAUGGAGAAUCGUCACGACCAUGGAAAAUACAUCGAGUCUGUUCACUUGGCUAUGCCCUUUCUUUCCGUUGUCACCAUGACUCCAACCUACUUACGCUAUCCUGUAAUGGCCUGUGCUGUCGCUAUUCCCAAGCUCCUCAAGGCUGUAAUCGCAGUAGACGGCAUCAGGGCAAUUGCCAUUCAGAACACUAAGGAACAAAUGAAAGCUGCCGAAGACGCCACUUCAAAGCGCCACGACAUUCUCUCUCAACUGCUCACCAUCGUUCACGAGAAGGGAGAGAAGGUCAAUUUCACAGAACAUAAUGUCAUGGCAGAGAUGCAUGUUGGAAUUAUGGCUGGAGCAGAUAGCACGUCCAUCCUACUCCGUUCCAUCUUCUACUACAUGAUGAAGAAUCCUGAGACAAUGGCCAAGGCUACUGCCGAGGUCGACGAAGCUUUCGCCGCCGGGGACCUCAGCUGGCCACCCAAGCACCAAGAGGUUGUCGCAUCUUGCCCCUAUGUCUGCGCUGUAAUCAAGGAAGCUUCCAGGAUAUUCCCUAGCUUUGCCGUCCAGAUUCAGAGGUAUUCUCCGCCCGAAGGGGUCCAGCUUUCAGGUCAUGUCAUUCCGUCUGGGUACCGAGUUGGUAUGAACCCGCAUAUCAUCCAAAUGGACAAGGAAGUCUUUGGUCAUGACGCGGAUAUUUUCAGACCCGAGCGAUGGCUACAGGACGAGGAACGAUCCAAGGCUAUGGACAGAGCUUAUAUCAGUUUCGGUGUGGGAACUCGCCCGUGCGCUGGAAAGAACCUUGCGCUUGCUGAGAUCCACAAGCUUGUACCCGCCAUUCUGCGCACGUUCACUGUCGACAUGGCUCAUAAUCGCCCAUGGAAAAUACACAACGCCAGCUUCAUCGUACAGACAGAUGUGAUCUGCAGGCUUAAGAGGAGGAACUAAAGUUUCAAGGAUGUUCUAACGUCAAUGGAGUCUGUAAGCCAGCGUAGCUCAGCCUCUUCUCAUACCGGAUUGUGAUCCUGAACGCUUAAUCUCUGUGCAAGAGCCAUGCACGUAUCUACCUGCUGAAAAGGCAUUUGGACCAAGCACACGCUCACCCCAUUCCUCGUCCCAAUUUUCCAAAGUCCACGAACGGGACUCAUCGAUGAGUUCAGCUACAUCCCACACUGAUCCAAUUUCUCCUUCGAAUCGAAAGAGACCUACUCCUUGAAUCGUGUCCUUCAAAGUCUGUGCGAAAUAUCCGGGUAUAUCUGUAAGAGUUAGCGGAUCAUGUUCUUGGAUCUGGAAGUCAAGGUUCACGGGGUGUC